UUCCGCCCGCAACCACGGUAUCGGCUUUACAUUUUUACAAUUUUAUCCAUUUCCACCAUGUUCACCGGUCUUGUUGAGAAAAUAGGGACUGUCUCGUCCCUCGAGGCUCUCGAUACCUCCUCAAGCGGGGGCGGGGGUACAUCCUUGACCAUCUCCGACUGUGAGGAGAUUCUCACAGAUUGCCAUCUCGGCGACAGUAUAGCUGUCAAUGGAACCUGUCUAACAGUAACCGCCUUCGACAAGACCUGGUUCAAGGUCGGCGUCGCCCCCGAAACCCUCCGCCGCACGAAUCUCGGUUCCCUGCAGACAAACUCCCGCGUGAACCUCGAACGCGCCGUCCUGGGUGAAACGCGCAUGGGCGGUCACUUUGUGCAGGGCCACGUCGAUACCAUCGCCAAGAUCCUUUCUGUGACGCCGGAGGGCAAUGCGCUGGUGUUCCGUAUGCAGCCGCGCGAUGUGGGCGUGAUGCGGUAUAUCGUGGAGAAGGGAUAUGUCACGCUGGACGGGGCUAGUUUGACGGUGACGAAUGUUGUGGAUGGUCCGGAGGGGUACUUUGAGGUGAUGCUUAUUGCGUAUACGCAGGAGAAGAUUGUCACGGCGGCGAAGAAGCCGGGGGAUUAUGUGAAUGUGGAGAUUGAUAUUGUGGGCAAGUAUGUGGAGAAGAGUGUGCAGGGGUACUUUGCUGGUACUGCCGGUGGGGAUAUGAAGAUGUUGGAGAAGAUGGUGGAGAGGAUUGUCGAGGAGAAGUUGAGGAAGUAGGUGGGUUGGCUCAUUGGUAGAUAUCCGUGAUUUUGCAGGGAGGGAACUAGUAUGAUCAUGGAUGUUGUUUACGAGCCAUUUUAGCUACAUGUAAAUAGGGAUAUGAUAUGAGAACGUUUCUUCCAUGUACGAGUAUAGAAAAU